UACCCCCUUUUAUCCCUUUUCAUCGUUUAAUUUACCUGACUAUCCAGCAUUAUCCCUUGUCAUUCCUUUUAUCAAUAGUAAAAAAUGGCGGCUCGAAGGGAAAAUUUUGUUCAAGGAGAAGCGUCAGAAUCGGACGAAGAAUACGAAAUCGAUCAAUCUUAUUUUAUGAAAAACACGAUGGUUGCAAAGCCAGACUCACCAGCUUCUAGGCAAGGUAUCGUAGUCCAAGGUGAAGCCUCGGAGAGUGAUGAAAGCGAAACGGAAAACACAGCAAACGUACCAGACCCAAACGAUAGAUCAGCGAUCGAUUCACAAAAUAUUUUAACGUCGCAGGAGAGUGGCACUGCAAGCAUACCUGACGAUCACACUAAACGAAAAGUUAAAUUUCAUUACGACUCGAGUUUUCAUCGGCGUUUAAGAGUGAGCAAUCUGGAGCUUAGAUCAGAUGCCAUUGAGAACAGAAUGAAGAUUUAUAAUGAUGCAAACAGGAAACUACAAUCAGCGGUAUUUUACCUCAAUAGAUCACAAGCAUCAGCACAGGAUAUAUUUUCCAAUGUUGGCUUGAUAUCUGGAGAUCUCCAGUCUAUCACAGAAAGUUUGGACCAAAUCACUUCACUCAACUUUUUACCCACACUGAAAAUGCCCAACACGCAUGAGCCUACCAUCCCCCCACAGGAACCCUUAGUUACUUCAUGAACAAACUUUAUAGUCGCUUUAUAAAAGAAAUUUGAGAUAAACAAAGUCCUAACAGCUUUAAGGACAUCUGAAGAUGAGACUCACCAAUCGGUGGGAUAAACUUGACACACACUUUACUGAAAAGUGAUGACAUUUGGAAGGUAGUAAUCUUUCAGCUUUUGUGGUCAGUCUGGAAUGAAAAGUAUUAGCAGGCAUUGAAGUCUAAUUGCAGUUUGUGUUCAACAUCUUCAGAAAGAGAACAACACCAGUACUGGUUUUGAAAGACCUACUUCUGCUGGGAGCAGACUUAAGUAGACUUAAAUUUGUGCUCUUUGGGUCUGCUAACCUCCAGUUAUAACAAGUGACUGAUGAUAAUUCGUUCCAGAUCCUGUUGUAGUCUUGAAUUUGAUGGCAAAUAAACGAAUUGAGAGAUGAGGUCAUGAGCGAUGACAUUUUCAAAUUCUCCAAAGUAGCACGUCUUUCUGUCUGUCUGUCUGAGAAAGUUGCCCUCAUUCGAACCACAUGUUUCCGCAAUGAAGCGAAUAU